AUGACUGAUGGUAGAAGCAGUGACGAGGAUACUCACUCAGACAGUACGAUAGAGGAAACGCUGGUGAUGCUAAACCUGCCACAGCUAAACAGCGAUGAAAGAAAAUUGAAAAAUCUCAAUAUUUAUCGAAAGAAAAAAGGAGAUCAAAUUUACAUAGAGAAUGAACGGGAGGGAAAGAAAAAGGAAAAUCAUUCAAAGGGGAGCCCCAACCAGGUGGCGAAGGAUAACCGACUGGAGAGUCAAAACAGCAUAAAUAUUGACUUAACGAAUGAUGAGGAACAAGCACUUCGGGGGGAUAACCUAAUAAGUUGGGAUGGCUCGGAGGAGAUGGGAAGCUCCGUUCGGGGGGACGCAACGGAAGGGGUGUCAUCGCUGCGGGGGAGUUCGCAUGGGGGGAAGAAAAAUGAGAGGCAGAAAAGUGAGGGGCCAAAAAAUGAGGGGCAAAAAAAUGAGGGGCAGAAAAAUGGGGUGCCAAAAAAUGGGGGACCCCAAAAUAGCGAUCUCCCGAAGGACGCUGACGCGAAGAAAGCGCGCGGGAACGAAGUAGAUAACAUCCCGUUCGACAUCGACACCAUCUCCAUAAGUAACUUAUUUGCCGAGUGCCCCGAAUGCAUAAUAAACAGUAAAUACAAAUUUAAGGGCAUUCACACGUCCAGCAUCGGGACGAACUUGUUUUUCAAGGAACCAGACAGCCUCAAAAAAAAGAGCUGCAAGUCGAAUUAUGAACUGUCGUACGAUCACCUGAACACAAACAUGAACGUCGAGAACAGAAUGAGCAGAGAUGACUUCACCCAUUACGAGGGAUACUCCACAAAAAUUAUAUCCUUUGAAAUAGACUACUAG